UAUAAAAUUAUGCAAUAGCAAUUUGAAGGUUAUCUACUUCUCCACAAUAUAGCUAAACCUAAAAAUAUAGGCACCAUCAUAAGGUACUACUCCACUUUUCUAUUUUGUUAGAAAUGCUGCAGCUUUCAAUUUAACUAAAGUCUUUAUGAUUGGAAAACAAGGCCAAACGAAAAAGAAAUUUUAAAUUGCUGAAGGAUUUUCUUUUUUUGGUAAUCAUGGGACUUAUGACUAAAUGAAUUUUCACCUUUUUAAUAAUUUAAAAGAAGCGAAGGAGUAUUUUGUGCAAAACAAUAUUUUUGUUUGUGGUGUUGAAAUUGGUGAAGGUUCUUAAAGUAUUAUCACAAAUCCUUUUAAGGGUAAUACAGUGUUUUUUCUCGGAAAUGAAGUUUAUAUUUUAAAAAGCUUAAUUAUAGGGUACGGGAUUGAUUCCAGAACAUAAAGCCUUAUGCGACCAUUUUGUUUAUAUUCCUUAAUACACUCAAAAAACUGCAAGUUUAAAUGUUGGUGUAGCAUCAGGAAUAAUAUUUCAUCAUUUUGCAUGUAAUGUUUCAUUAAAUUAAAUUUAGAAUGGGCAGGAUUCAAAGAAUAACAAGUAGAAGGAGAGAAAUUCUUGGAUCCAGAAAAAUAAAAAGAGGAAAAAGAAAGAAAGAAAUAAGAAAUGAUUGAAUUGGGUAGAGAAAGAAAGAAAUAAAAAAUAGAAUAAUAAUAAUAAUAACAAUAAGUUGAAUAAUAGAAUAAUAUUCCAUAAGAUAAGAUUGAGAAUGAGAAUAAAAAUAUUGAAUGA